CCGGAAAUGGGCGCUGCGAGAGCCGUGGAAAGCGGAUUUCCUUUUCCGCUGGCAACUGGGCGGAAGUAGAAAGCGAUCCUGAGGCGGCAUGGCGGCGUGUUGGUCCUGGUGUCUCCUCCUGUGUUCGCUGGCUGCCUGGGGCAGCGCGGCGCCGUUAGGCGCGGGAAAGAGCACUGAGACGAAUGCUCAAGAGUUGUCCAGUGAUCACCUACCCUUAACGGAGUUGAGUCAAGGUGCUUCAGAGCCAGACAAAGAUUCUGUAGAAACUGAACCACAUCAAGUUAUACAAAGUAAUGUAAAAAAUAGCCAGCAAGAGCCACCCCAGCAAGGUUCUGAUAAAGCGAUGGAAACAGCGAAAUCAUCCAUUGAUCACAAAGAUUCCCAGCCAGGUGCUAUUGGAUCCAACAAACCUCAGGAAGACAUAGGUAAAUCUCAAGGAGAUCAGACAGGCACUUCUGGUACAUCUUCUCUUCUAAAGUCAAAUAUUAAGGCAUCAGAACAGAGGGAAGACCCAUCAAUUAAGAACCAUAACGCUGGUGUUUCUGCUCAAGACGCUUCUCCAAAAUCAGGUCUUGUUCAGCCUAAAAAAAUUGAGAAAGGGAUAGUUCAUUCAGAAGACAUUAAUGCACUUGUUAAGGAACCAAAACAAUCACAGGACCCAUCAGUAAAAGACCAGAAUCCCCAGUCUGCUCAACAGCCUGGUCCUGCAAAGGUAGAUGCUGCUAAAAACACCAAAGGUAUGGCAGACAUAGAUAAACCUAAAGAAGCUCAGACAGAAACAUCUGGUGCAUCUCUUCCAGAGUUAAAAACUAAGGAGUCAAAGCAGGGAGAGGACCCAUCAGUUAAAGGCCCGAACACUCAGCCUGGUGAUUCUGCUCAAGAGCCUUCAAAAUUAAAUCCUGUUCAAACCGGAAACACUCAGAAAGAGAAAGAUCACACAGAAGAAUCUAAGACAGGUGUUUCUCAGCCAGGUGUAAAUGUUAAGGAAUCAGAACAAUCUCCAGGCUUACAAAAAAAAGACCAGAAUCCCCAGUCAGUUUCAUCUCUUCAAGAACCUGCUUCUGGGAAGAUAAAUUCUCCUGAAGCCACCAACGUUCAGAAAGACGUAGCUGAUGAAGCUUCUAUUCCAGAGUCAAAACCGAAGGAACCAAAUCAGGGAGAGGAGCCAUUAAUUAAAGACCCGAAUGCUCAAGGCUCUUCGAAAUCAAAACCUGCUGAUGCCAAAGAUGCAGAAUCUAAGACAGAGAUUUCUGAUCAAGAUGUUUCUGAACAAGAGACAAAUGAUGAGGAGUCAAAACAAGUGGAAGACCAGGAUCUUCCAUUGGAUCAACAUCCUCAAAAAUUAAAUCCUGUGGAAUCCAAAAAAAACGAGGAAGAGGUAGUUGACCUUGGAGAUGAACAAGAAAAAGGGUUGGGUGAUGAACAGAAAAAGAGUGCAAAGCAUGAGGAAGAGUCAGAGGGGGCACCCAGGAAUGGAUCUGAAAAUAGCCACUUCUUUGCCUACUUGGUGACCACAGCUAUUAUUGUUGCUGCCCUAUACAUUGCCUAUCAUAAUAAACGGAAAAUUAUUGCUUUUGCUCUAGAAGGAAAAAAAUCAAAGAUAACCCGAAGGCCCAAAUCUAGCGACUAUCAGCGACUGGAUCAAAAGAUCUAAACCCAAACCUUUCUACACGCUCUUGUGUUGCAUGAGGACUCGUUUUGAAAACGGCACAUAGAAAAAAGGACCAUGUCCAGCCUUUUGUCAGUACAGCCUCAGAGCCUGUUGGCUGUGUUAUUGUGCCCAACCGGGGUGGGGUGGGGUGUUGGGGGUGGGCGCAAAAUUGCUUUUAAUUGUGCACAUGCACUUUCUCCAUUGCCAUGCCUCGUUCCCUCUUUCAAAGCCCUGGACUGUUAAUUCCCUUUUCAGUGACUUUCCUGCAUUUUUCCUGUUUUUCUCCUGCGCUGUGAAGAAGAACCAAUCACUAGAGAGUGGCUCUGUGAUUUUCCUCUAAAUGAUGCGGUACUUACUAUCUGUGAAAUUGAUCGUAAGGAAUGUUAAACGGGGAGGCUGACUUUGUCCCCUCGAUUCUGGAUGUUAGAAUCAUAGUCAAUUUCGUGAGCUUGGAGCAGAGUUUAUGAAGAUUGAUUCUUGUCCCUAAAGUGUCCUCUUCCACUGAGGCAUGCAUUGCCUGAUGCACUGGUUGAACAUUUCCUGUCUUAGACGGCAAUAUUGAGAAGUGAAUAUCCUGUACUUCCUAUCUUAAGUGUCAAUGAUCUGUGAAAUACCAGAGUUUUAAUGCUUGACUUAAUAUGGCCCAAGUCUUGGUUGAUCACUUAGUCAGUCGUUCCUUUUCUGAUGCUAGACUGCAGGUAAAUGUUUGAAGAAAUGUUGACAAUCUGAGGACCCAGAUUGUUGUUGGGGGCAAUAUGCUGACUCUGUAAACCGCUUAGAGAGGGCUGAAAGCCCUAUGAAGCGGUAUAUAAGUCUAACUGCUAUUGCUAUUGUGACCCCACCAUGCUCUGAAUGCUUAAUUCAAGCAUUCUCCAUGAAUUAAGAUCUUUCCGAUCCUUACCGCCACAUUCCCAUGAUCAAUCUCAGAAGGACAACAAUCAGUCUGGGGCCGUUAUAAUCCAUUGCAAAUUGCACAAACUACCCAAUGGCAAAUAGGAUCUAUUCAGAAUCAAAGUCUACCGUUCUGGCAGACACUCAUUUUUCAAUCCAAGAAAGGAACUGCUUGUGUAAAUCUUCCACUGGCCCUUUCCACCCAUAGCCAGAGUAUUGCAUUCUAUGUGAAGGGCACAAAA